CUCCCCGGCGCAGCAGGUACCCGCACCCAGCAGCAGCGCAGGCGUCCCCAGCGCUCAGGAUGUCUCCGAAGGCGGCCGCCCUUGUCCUGGUGCUCCUUGCAGUUGCAGGGGCACGGGCUGACGUCAGCCCGGACGAGGUGGCCAGCGUGCUCUGGAAGUACUUCACCGAGCUGGGCAGCAAUGCCAAGGAGACGGUGGACCAGCUGCAGCAAGCCGAGAUCACCAAGCAGCUCAACACCCUGCUGAAGAGCAACCUGCAGAGCAUCAACUCGUACGCCGAGGACCUGCAGCAACGGCUGGUGCCCUUCGCCACGGAGCUGCAGGCGCGGCUGGCGCAGGACUCGCAGCGGCUGAAGGAGCAGAUCCGUAAGGAGCUGGCGGAGCUGCAGGCCAAGCUGGCGCCCUACGCCGACGAGGUGCACCAGCAGAUCGGCACCAACAUCCGCCAGCUGCAAGCCAAGAUGAGCCCCUACGCCGAGGAGCUGCGCUCCCAGGUGGACCGCGGGGCCGUGGAGCUGCGGCAGGCGCUGGAGCCCUACGCCGCCGAGCUGCGGGAGAAGCUGCAGGGCAACACCGAGAGCAUCAAGGCCUCCCUCAGCCCCUACGCUGACCGGCUGCAGCAGCAGAUCGACGGCGGGGUGGAGAGCCUGAAGGAGCGGCUGUCUCCCCUGGCCGACGACCUGAAGGUGCAGGUGGGGAAGAGCGUGGAGGAGCUGCGGAAGGGGCUCAGCCCCUACACCCAGGAGGUGCAGGAAAGCCUCAACCGGCAGCUGGAGAGCCUGACGGGGCAGAUGGAGCGGGUGGCGGAGGAGCUGCGCACCCGCCUGGCCGCCAGCUCGGAGGAGCUGCGUGCCCAGCUCAGCCCGCUGGCCCAGGAGCUGCGGCAGGUGGCGGGCAGCGACGCCGAGAGCCUGCGGCAGCGGCUGGCACCCCUGGCCCAGCAGCUGGACGAGCGCGUGGGGCAGACGCUGGAGGCUUUCCGGCAGCAGGCAGCCCCCUUCGGCGAGGCCUUCGGGCAGCAGCUGGUGACGCGGCUGGAGGAGAUGCGGGGGAAGCUGGACUCGGGCGCUGCCGGGGUGGAGGACCACCUGGAGCUGCUGGAGAAGGAGGUGCGGGAGAAGGUGGCCGCCUUCCUCAGCACUGCCCAGCCGGCGGAGAACUGAGACCCCCCCACCCCGAGUGCCACGGGGAGGGGGCGUGGGGUGGCCAUCCGUACCCCCUCACCGCGAGUGUUCGCAGCUGCUGCCCAUGGCAGAAAUAAACUGACCCCUUGUGAUGCA